AUGUCUCAACUACCUCAAUACACCAGUCAGACUGUUGAGUCCCAAUAUAUCCAAUAACCAAGUCAAAUGAGCAUCAAACCUCAACCAAUCACCUUCUAUCCCCCGACAUUCUCCUAGCUCUAAAAUCCAUUAAUGGCAACUCAAAAUUAUUAAAUGUAAUACCAACAACAAUAACCACAACAAUUGCUAUAACAAUAACAAUAACCACAAUAAUUGCUAAACCAACAAGAGCUAGGCUCUCCAUAACAAUAACAAUUACAGCCAUAAUAAUAAUAAGAUGACUAGUAGAUCAGAUCAAGAUAACUAUAAUAGAAUCUGUAAUAACAGAUGAUGUAACAAUAAUGGAAUGAAUAAUUUCAAUAAAUGCUUCAAAUGCAUCACCACAAUUACAUGCUCCAAAAUCAAUUACAAAAUCUUAUGAUAAAUUAAACAGCUUAAUCUGAAUAGGCAAGAUAGGACUUUGCACUCCAGCAACAGCAAUCUUUGGCUGACUUUACAAACUUGUAACCUGAAACCAUUACAGAAUACAUCCCAGUUGAAAAGAAAAUUAUCGAAUACGAAACUAGAAUCAAAAAAAUUCAAGUUCCUGUCACUCACGAAAUAACAGAAUAUGUACCAGUCACUACAGAAACUAUUUCACCAGAAAGAACAGUAAGACUGUCACCUCCCAAAGAAGUACACAUGGUUCCAACUGUUGUUCAAUAACCACCUAUUUUAUAAUAAACUGUAAUCCCAAGACCUCCUCAAUUAUAAAUGAUUCCUACAUCUGCUUAAAUCGCCAGAAUGCCUACUGUUCCUGCUUAUUAACAAGUCCCAUUGACUUCAGUGAGGUCAUAACUCCAAUCGUCACCACCAAAAAUUCUAAACAAACCCACAGAAAUCCCUAUACCACCUCCACCUCCUCAUCUUCCACUACAACCCUUUAAUUAUACACCCAAAGACUUCCCAACUAUGACAAUGCCCCCUCCUCCUCCAUAAUUCCAAGGAUAAAUCUCCCUCAAUUCCCCUUAGCCACCACCUCCUCCAUAAUUUGAUUCACCACCUCCAGCUUAUCCACAUUAAUUUGGUCAUCCAUUAAAUCAAUUACCUUCCCAUUAACUACCCUCCCACUAAUUACCUUAAGUACCAUAAAAUCAAUUCAAUCAACCUUAAUUUAAUCCACAUUAACAAUAACAUUAAGUAAAUCCACAUUAACAACAUUAACGAUAAUAUUCACAAUAACUAUAGUAACCAUAAUAACCAUAAUAACCUUAACAUCCACAAUAGUCACAUUAACCUCAAUAUCCAUAAUAUUCAUAAUAGCCACCCUUAUUACCUCAUCCACCUUAAUCAAGACCUGCCCCAUUCAUUCCAGAAUAAUAUUAUAGAGAUUAAAUUGAUGAUGAACAAGAUCAACACUAUUACGAUAGACCUCCAAGAAAACAUCCAAACCAUCCUGAUUUUCAAUAGACUAAACCUGUCUCAGGGACAGAUACUCCUAAUUAUCAUAUCCCAAAUUAUGAUAGUGAAAAUCUGAGAGAUAAGCAAUCAGAACCUAUUCAAUAUCCGAAAAGAGCACCAUUUAUUCCGAGAUCUUAUGAUCCUGAUCUGCACUAUGAAAGAGCAGAAUAGUUUGAUGUACCAUCCAAGGAUCAUUAAAAAAGAGGAAUUCAAAGAUCAGUCUAUGAAAAGCGACCACAAAAUGGGCAAUAAACCCUAAGAAGCAAGGAAAACUACUUUAAAGACUCUAUAUUCUAAUGA